AUGGAUCCAAAGGUUUCCAUUUCCUUCUUUGAAAACAUUGCUUCUCCAGGGACCUGCUCAUGUUCAUCCAAGGUCAUAGAGAGCAUAUUCGUUAAAUUGUUUGUGGUUUUGUCCGAUGGUGUUUCCCAUAAUGUGAAAUUGUUUCGCGAUCUGUAUGUAGAGCUUGUGGAUAAGGUUUCCGAGUUAGAGAAAGUCUCUCCGAAUAUGGAAAUAGUUUCCCAAGCCGAGAUAUAUAAGGUGAGGUGUGAAUUGUCCAUCGUACAAAGUGAAAAAGCUAUCUUGGAAAGUAAGUUAACUAGUUAUGAAGAUGUUGUUGAGGAAGUUUCGAUGCUAAAGGCUACGAUAGCAUCUCUAAAAUUGGAUAAGGUUAGUCUGGUGGACAAGAUAGCCAUGUUGGAUCAUGUUGUUUGA